UUUCUGUAAACAGACUGCAGUUUCCUAUCUCUAGCUCUUCUUUGAAAAUCAAUAUGGCCAAGAUGGAGAAUCAAAAUACUGCCUCUCAUGAAGUUCCCAACUGCAAAGAGAAUUCACUUCUCCCCAUUGCUGAGAAGGGACUUUUCUUCCACGAUUCCUUCUUCGAGGAUAUUCAGAAGCACUUUGAGACAGCCAUCGAUCAAAUCCUUGAUACGUGGGGAGAAGCCAAAUCCGUGAAUGAUCUCAUGAGUAGCUUUACACGUGUAAGAGAGCGUAAUUUGCAACAGGAGAACCAAGUUAUGGCCUUCAGCGAAGACGACCAGAAUCACAAGGUUGUACUGGAUGUUCAUGACUUCAAAGGUGGAGACAUUAAGGUCAGAGUGGAAGACAAUCAGGUGAUGGUGGAAGGUCGAGUGGAAAAGGAAGAGGGCGACUCCAAGUCCAUGAAAAGCUUCUGUCGACGCUUCAGCUUCCCAGGCAAAGUGAAUAUGGAAGCCAUGACUUCCGCAAUGUCUUCUGAUGGCGUCUUGACUAUCACGGCUCCUAAGAUUAUAGAGUAAUUGUAAACAGGAACCUAUAUUUUAUAAAUGUAUUUA